UUGACAGAUAAUCCAAAAGAAACAAUUGCGAGCUAAUAAAAUGUAGUUUUUUCUACUUUCUCGCCCUUAUUUUAACUCUAAAACGUGCAAUGCAGUAACUUUACGCCGCAUUUUCAUCGGAAAUGAUUUGUGAUAAUCGUCUCGACAUCGAAAACUAACAAAAAAUUAACUUUGUAACGAGUGAAAAUAACAUACGUCGUACUUCGUACACACGUAAAUCGAGUGAUUGGAGCACUUUUAUCUUGUUUUAUUUAUUAUUCAUCGCUCUCGUCGACUUGGAAGAGACUUUCGCAGCAGAAAAACGUAGAAAGACACGAGCUGUGGUGCCAAAAAGAAAUAUUUUACACUCUCUCGCGGGAAAAUCGGACUAAUUACGCUCCAUUCUAUGCUAAUUACUUCGUUCAAACGCUGCGCUGUGAGAAUUGAAUGAAUUGAAUUGCAGAAAAGUAGAAAAAGAAAUUAAUUUACCGUGAAAUCUGUGUCUGUCUAUUUAGUAGCGUCAUCGUCAGUCAGCGACAAGCAACGACACAUGCUCUGAAAUUGCUCAAAUUCGUUUUCUAAACUCACAAAAAUAGAAGGGAAAGUAUGAGUUGGCUUCGUGGCUCGCCGUUGCGACAAAGUUUCAAGCGUGGGCGUGCGACACUUGACUCAUCGACCAUCGAAUGCGAUCCAAAGGCGUGUUUCGACAGUUUUCGCAAACAUUGGCAACAGGCGUACGAUGUCAUGCAAAAAUCGAACAAACGCCCGAGUCAUGAAGAUGUUUGCGGUGUCGUCCUUCAACUCGAUCACAUGGUCACACUUUUGCUCGUCGAACUUCACAACAGCAACAAACUAAAAUUACAGAAUCAAAAUGUCAAUGCGCCGUGCUUGGAAUACGCGUUGAGCGAAAAUUUGCUUGAUAAAUUGUACGAAUGGGGAACGACAACGGGACGAUAUUCGGAUGCUGUGAGAUUAGAACUUUUAAAAUUGUUUGAAUUGCUUGUUAGUCAUUCGAGGCAUCAACUUCUCGUGCAUGAACCGUUUCUUCGACCUUUAUUGAAGUUGUUGGGAUCGAGUCAAGAUGAAAUUUAUCCGCCGGAUGUUGAGAAACGACUUGUUAUCUUGUUGAAUCAACUUUGUGUACUUCUCAUGCAAAAUGUCGAUUUGCUGGAUUUGUUCUUUUUUUCGACGUCACAGCAUCAGCAGCAUGGAAAAGCAAAUUUCAUCAUCUUCUCCCUUCUCGUGCCCUUUGUUCAUCGCGAAGGCUCCAUCGGGCAUCAAGCACGUGACGCUCUCUUACUUUGCAUGUCAUUAUCGCAGAAAAACAGCAACGUUGGCGAAUACAUUGCCAAACAAUCCUCCAUUUGUCCCGUUUUAGUUACCGGCUUGGGAGGUCUGUACUCUCGUUUGCCAAAUGUUCUUGAGAUUUCGACGCCCGAUUGGCAUCGCAUCACGCCCGAUGAUGUCACGGAGAUCAAAGAGCUAACUCCCUUCAUGAACUCGUUGGAAUUUAUCAAUGCUGUUGCGCAAGUCGCUCAUCCGCUGAUACGAGAACAACUUUUGGAGUACAUGUAUCGCGGAUUUCUGAUUCCCGUGCUCGGAUCAACGCUCUUACAGAUAUUUAACGGCAACCAUUUCCAGACAAAUGUUGAUUCGCAAAUUUCGGCGAUGGCUUAUCUAGAUUUGAUUGUGCGCGCUGUGACGGAACCAGGAUUACUCGAGGUUUUUAUCAAAUUUCUCUUGGAUGACGGAGUUUUUGAUAAUCAGCGGAUGUUGGAUAUUCUCGUUGAACGAUUGAAUACGUCAGAUAGUCGACUUUGUGUCGUAACAUUAGCUCUCUUCGAUACCUUAUUGUCCUUGAACAACGAAAAUCUCGUUGUUGCUUUAGUUCUAAAGUAUCUUCUGCCAUGCCAUCAUGUCCCGCUCGCUCACAAACGCAAAAUCAACGAAGUCGAGCCGUAUUUGCAAGCAAGCGAAUACUUUUUUACCCUCUCUCCGGAAAUCAUGAAGACAUCACACGCACUUGCCUCUGCGCAAAAUGACGAAAACUCUUCGUCGCUCGUUCCUAAUGCUGCCAAUUCGUGGAAUAAUUACGGACUGAACAUCACAGAUUCGCUGUAUGCCGACUAUUAUGCGUACACGUUCGAAGCACAUCACAAGAUCGCACAAUGCAAGAAAAUCGUCGAUCGCUGGCACAACAAAUACCAAAAAUAUCAAAGACGUCGCGAGAGCAACAGCAACCCCGAUCAAACUCUAAAUAAUGAGACCAAAAAAACAAUUUCAAGUCAAAAAGUACAAAUGAUCAAGCAGAUUUUAGAAGAAAUAGACAACGUUGGAUUAUCGACGCCGUCGCCCUUAAGUGCCUCAUCGGAUCCGGAAGCGCGCAAUAAGUUGCAUGACAGUUUGCAAUCCAUCGGCGAAAGUAGCGGAUACGAGAGUUUUCGCUAUAGACCCGAUGACGAUGAGCAAUCGGAGGAAAGUGAAACACUUGCCACGAGCAAAAUUGAAGAUUUGAGUUGUAGUAGCAGUAGCAAAUGUCCCGUUGGCGAACCAUGGAAGAUUUCUAGUCAGAAAAUUGAAGAUACUUUGAUCCUUGAGGCUGCCGAAGAUUUAUUUACUGCAGGAACAGUCAAUUUAGGUUCCUUCAUUGCGGCGAUUUGGGGAAAAUUACAAACUUUUACAAGUAAUUCAGUGUACAUCAAUAUCCAUCUUACGGGAUUAAUAUCACGUUUGGCGCGUUUUCCCAUCAGUGUACUUCAUACAAUACUCAUUCGUCCUGAUAUUCCGACCACGUCAGAUGUUCCGUCGUUUCAUCAAGUACUCAAAAUCCUCAAACAACAAAUCGAUGCAGAGCUGGGCAACACAGAACCAUCCUUGGAAUACGUUGAUAUCGCACGAACGUAUUUAGUUGAACGAGAACAUCGUCUAAUAAAUGCACGAAAAAAUGCAAUUGAUGCCAAUAAAAAUGGAACACGUAACAUGAACGCGAAUUCUCAACAACUACAACUUACGCCGACAUCGUCUUAUGAUCCCUUUAAUCGCGGCGAACGAAGUAAAAAGAGUAUUUCGAGUACUCUGACGACACUUUUUAGAAGACCUGGAUCAGCAGUGCAAACAGCUACUUCUGGGUUAACACAAAUAUUUGAGUUUUUCACUGGAAGCCCAUCAAUCACAAAUGGUCGCCCAAUUGCUGAACGUCGUGACUCGAAUCAAGAACCAACCUCCAUUGAAUCGACAAAUUCCCCAUUUUCUUCCCUCACAUCGACGUUGGGCACGAUGGCUCAGACCCCAAACACGAGUGUUACCGAUCGCGAACAAAAUUUGGCAAUUUGCGCCGUGCUACUUGACGAAUGGCUCAAAGAACUGAGUGCAAUAUCGCAGGAACAGUAUGUCGUAAUGUUAUCGGCGAACGAUUUGCCGCUCAGAAGGAAGCAAGUUGCGUUGUGAAAAUGCUUGAACGAUUUUUUGAUAUAAUUUUACACGACAUUUGGACAAACAUUUUGUUAUUUUGUUAUAAUUCCCCCGAUUUAUUUUUGAUCAAUUUAUAUUUUUUAGUGAGAUAAGACGUAACACAAGUAGAAACGUAAGAAAAUAGAUGUAAGGCAUGGGCAUGUGAAACCAAUUUUUACCAUUUUUAGGAUGGUUGAUCGAAUACCUUGUGAUUUUUCUAACAACUUUCCUCUACUAACCAACCCAAAAAUAAAUUUUAAAAAUAUUUACAAACAAAGAAAAAAACGAAAAUUCGAUAUUUUAUGAAAAAUG